AAAUCGCACACAGACCGCAGCAGCCCGCCGCCGCCGGCCGCCGCAGCUACCCCCCCACCGUCCUUCGCUCGCCUCUCCCGCAGCGCUAGGUCACGGCCUCGCCGUGAAGCCGCCUGACUGUCUCCCCGACUCACACGACUCAGCCGCCAAUUCUCCAAGCUCCAGCAGGCAGCCCCUCCGGCAGGGGGCCGUCCCCAUGCCGUGACCCUCCCGGACUCCCUCACUCCCACAGACCGUCCCCAUGUCGCCUCUCCGGCAGGCGGGCCGCGCUCUACUCCUCCCGGCGCCGGCAGCCCCGUCCGUGUCGAGCUCCCGCUCGCGCCUCCAGCAAUGGGAGUACUUCCCCGGGCUUCCUUUUGCCGGAGGGCAGCGCCACGAAUCCCUCUUCUCUCCCAGCCGCCAUUGUCGCCUGCCUCUCGGCUGGGCUGGCCUCAGCGCUCGGAUGCUUUCGACUUGUCUCGAGCAUCAGGAUUUUACAUGGAGUAGUAGUUUGGGUGCUAGAAUGGCGCAAAUGGAUAUUGUGAAUGCUCUUCGUAAAGGUGAUCGGCAGCGAGCAUCUGUUAUGCUCUCGAAUCUUCGACGAACCAAAGAAGCAUUAACUUCAGAAGAUAUUUCUGAUAUAUUGGAGUACUGUGCAGAAGCACCUGAUCCUUUGUUUGUUAUGGAAACUUUGGAGCUCAUGGAGGAGAAUGCCAUUGGUCUUAGUAAAAACAACUAUAGAUCUGUCACUCGAGCACUCAGCAAAGGAGGGCAUAUGAAGGAGGCACUUAAUUGGCUCAACUCUCUGGGGGGAAAAGAAAGCACUCACAGUCCCUUGCCGAUCUUCAACAUCUUUUUAAGUGCCUGUGCAAGCAUCAGAAAUCUGAAUGAUGCUGAAAGCUGUCUAGAGACAAUGGGAAUUCAUCUUGUUGGGAAGUCUGAAAUAACAUACUGUGAGCUUCUAAAGCUUGCAGUUUUUCAGAGAAAUUUGUCUGCAGUGAAUGAUUUAUGGAAGGACUGCAAUAAGUAUUAUAGUCCAAGCAUUAUUAUUCAAAGGAAAUUUUUAUGGGCUUUCUCUACACUGGGGGACCUUCAAUCUGCAUAUCAAAUCUUGCAGCGCAUGGUAGUUCUUGCUGGUGAAAGCCCUGACCAUCUGAGGGUGUCUUGUAAAAGGAGAUACCAAUCAACAAGAUUAGACAUUCCUGUACCUGCUUUGAAUGAAGUAGAAGAUCUGAAGCUUGUAUUGGACUCUGACCUGCCAUCAUCAUUUGAAGGGAAGGUGGCUACCAGAGGAGAUCCGAUUGAUGCCCAGCCAGAGCUGUUACAGGUGGAAACUCAAUCAUCAAAACAUGAGCAAUUGGAGGGUUAUGUGGCAUUUCUUUCUGCUGGUGACAAUCAUGUUGACAAUUCUGAAAUAGACAGUGGGAGGAUGACGAAGACAUUGAGAUUUGCACCACUUGCAGUAAGGAAAAUUUUACGAUGGUCUUUCAAUGAUAUUAUACAUGCGUGCAUGCGACUUGACAACUGUGAGUUGUCUGAGCAAUUAUUUCUCGAGAUGUGCAAGAUUGGACUUCGACCGUCAAGAUUUACAUAUGAUGGUUUUAUCAAGAGUGUGGUAGCUGGAAAAGGAGUUGCACAUGCCAUCAAAGUGAUUGAAGUGAUGGACAGAAGGGGUAUUGAACCUUACAAUGAUACACUCGCUGCUCUUUCAGUUGGCUAUAGCAAACGUUUACAGUUGGAUCUGGCUGAGGACUUUUUGGAAAGAAUUUCUGAGAUACAACCGAAGUAUAUACAUGCUUUUAAUGCUUUGCUUUCUGGUUGCGACAUUGAGAAUGAGCCAGAAAGAGCUAUCCGUGUACUAGCUAAAAUGAAACACUUGGAUUUGAAGCCAAAUCUCAGGACUUAUGAGCAUCUUUUCUCUGUGUUUGGAAAUGUCAAUGCUCCUUAUGAAGAAGGAAAUAUGCUAUCACAUGCAGAGGUUUUGAAAAGGAUAAGCAUAAUCGAGAUGGACAUGUUAAACCACGAGAUCAAACAUAGUUUUUUGUCUAUGAGCAACUUGAUACGAGCCUUUGGAGCUGAGGGUAUGAUAGAUGAAAUGCUGAGGUACUUCAAUGUUGCUGAAAAUGUCUUAUGGAAAAUGACUUAUUCUCAGAAGAGUGAUCUCUAUGGCAUUGUAUUGCAUGCUUUGGUUAAAGCCAAGGAAACACACAAGGCAAUAAGAGCAUUCAAGGUCAUGAGAUCAUGCGGUCUUCCAGCCAAUAUUGCUAUUUAUAACAUCAUGAUAGAGUGCUGUGAAUUGUUGCCAUGUUUUAAAUCAGCUAGUGCUUUGUUGUCCUUGAUGCUCCGAGAUGGCUUCUGUCCUACGAUUUUUACUUUCACAUAUCUCGUAAAGGUUGUAUUAGUGAAGGAGGAUUUUAAGGGGGCAUUGGAUCUGUUGGACAUAUGCGUAACUGGGGGAAUUCAACCUGACAUACAGAUUUUCAACACAAUACUCUCAGAGGCGAAUGCAAAAGGUCAGAUUCAUGUUGUUGAAUAUAUUGUCGAGUGUAUUCACAGAGCAAAGACUCAGCCUGAUCAAUCAACACUUUGGUACACAUUUUGUGCUUACGUGGAUAAAGAAUUAUACAACACUGCGAUUGAGGCAUUGCAAGUCCUCAGUAUGAGAAUGAUAUCCUUGGAUGCAAGCAUUCUCAAGGAAAAAGGAGCAGUUUUAGAGGAUCUAAUCCUUGAUGAAGAGCCAGAUGCUGAAUUAAGGAUCAUGAAGGCAUUCAAGCCAACUGAAGAACAUAUCGUGACAGCCUUACUGAAUCUGAGGUGGUGCUUAACAACGGGUUCGACCAUAUCUUGGUCACCCGAGGACAGUCUCUGGGCGAGGAGGCUGGCAUCGUCCUAUGACGGUAAGAAGAGACCAGACGUGCUAUGAGAUUCAGGCAUGAAGUAUCCGUCUGUUGAAACCAAUGAGAUAGAUCAGCUGGCCUAAUUCCAUGGUUUUGACAUGCUCCGGAGGAGAACUGGGGAUGUAAUUCUUCGCGUUGUUCUCCAGGCCAGGCUUGCACCUAACGUGCAUUUUCUCUCGGCUGUAACUGAGGUUGAUGGUGACGAAGAUUGAACUGCGCGGAAGUCAUAUCUAUUCAAUAUAACAAAUACUAACAAAUUUUGAGUUCAGUUUGUGCGCUACAGGCAAUAUCUAUCUGUUACCUUAGUGUCUCGUGGGCUCUAUGACCUGCCAACAUAGUUAUUUGUUUCAUUAUUUCCCACUAAUUUCUCCCAUUGGAGCUGUGUUGGACUGUAAGUCAUCAAAGAACGAUGACAUGGUAGCAUGCUGUAAGGUCCUUGUCUCUCAUUUUGAUGCACAAAGGUGUAAUUUAGUUGUAGUAAGGAUGUGAAUUUUUUGUCUGCAGUGGAGGAAGAUAGGGCUGCCCUAUAUGUGAUAUUUCUUUAAUAGAGAUAAGAUGUUUCUGACCUUUAAUUUUGAAAAUGAAUUGGGAAAUUUCUCGA